AUGCCAUUUUACAAUUACGAAACCCACCCUUCUCUCUCUACUCUCUCUCUCUCUCUCUCUAAAACUCUCGAUUUCGACUCCCAGACAGAUGAUCUAGCGACGCCUCUUGUCCAAAUUCAUCACCAACCCACGUCGUUUCUUCGCAAAUCAUUCAUACCCACCUCCUCAAUCUUCAAAUCGUAUCUUCAUAGAUCGAGGGCAAAUUACCUACGUAAAUUCAAUGUGUUUCCCCAAACGGUGUUGCUAACAUGCACCUCCUUUAGGAACUACAUGUCAAAUACUCAGGUGGUGAAAUUACGAAGAGAAUCGGUAGCGGCAUGCAUGACAUGCCCUAUCUGCAAAAAGCUCUUUCGAGAUGCCACUACUAUCCCCGAAUGCCUUCAUACGUUCUGCAGGAAAUGUAUUCAUAAGAAGCUCACAGAUGAUGAGCUUGAAUGUUGUCCAAUAUGCAAUAUUGAUCUGGGAUGUGUGCCUUUAGAGAAACUGAGGCCAGAUCAUAGUUUGCAAGAUGUUAGAGGGAAAAUAUUUCCCUCAAAAAGAAGAAGGGUAAAGGCCCCUGAAGUUGUGCCUUCAGUUACAUUACCAUUAAGAAGAAAAGAAAGAUCACUCUCAUCACUUGUAGUCAGCACUCCUAGAGUGUCAACACAAACUACAAUGACUGGCAAAAGGUCAAAAGUACCCUCAAGAAAGAAACCACGUGGGUCCUCUUUCUCUAUUGAGAAAUCUGUCAAGAAAGAAGAAAACUCCAUGGAUGAUCACCAAGAUAGCUCGAGUUCUCGUGAGAUUUCAAACAAGUUCACACAGAACCAUAAUUCUUCACCAUCGAGUGCCCCUUCACCUGAUAAAGAAACAAAGAAUGGGAAGGUUGAUAUGUGGAAACCUUUGAAUUAUUUGGUGGAAGUGGCAAAUAGGAGUAAAUCGUCUAAGUUCACUUCACAAGGGUCUAGUGUGAAAUCAGAACCACAAAAUACCCCAAAGAGUGAAGGGCAAUUGCGUAAACUUAAAGGAAAAGAUCAGCUGAAGCGAUCAAAAUUUCAAGAUGAGAAUGGGAGGUCUGAUGUGGAUGUUACAGAAUCUGCAAAACCCAAAAAGAUAAGAAAAAAACGCAAAAAUAAUGCAGGUAAUGCCACUGUAAUGGAUGCUGAUGCUAAUAAUGCUGCAAUGGAGAAAAGAAUAAGUCCUAUUUGGUUCCAUUUGGUGCCUUCUCAACAACAGGAAGGUGAACCAUUGGGCCAGAUAGAAGGAAGUUUUGUCAGACUAAAGGAUGCAAACAUACCUGUUUCAAUUAUCCAGAAGUUUGUCAUGAGCAAACUGAAACUUGGAAGUGAACAUGAGGUUGAGCUCAGAUGCAUGGGUCAACCACUGGUGCCAACGUUGCUGCUAGGUAAUCUCAUGGAGCUGUGGCUACAGACACAGCCAACUUCACAGACACUUUCCGUCAUAAUCGGCUCAUCAGCUAAGGAAUACAUGAUGGAGAUAUCGUAUGCUAGAAAGACUCCCGCCCCGUUUCCGAUUCCGAUUCCGACCCCGCUUCCAAUUCCAGUUCCGGCUCCAGCUACAACUUCGACUCCGGCACCGGCACCGGUGACUUGACAUCUAUGCCCUCCUUUGGUUUUCGCGUAGUGUAAGGAAUGGAAGGACAAGAAGCUGAGAUGUUCUAGUUUUAUAGUUUAUGUACGAGACAAGAUGGCUAAUUAUAAAGUGUUAAGUUACUAAAUAGUUGUAGGUUUGUGGUUUUUUUACUACAUAUGUUGGUGAAUUUUCAAAUGUUGUC